AAUCGUUGACUUUCAUUCAAGCUCACCUGGUCUCGCCCGUUCCGUAUCACUUCCCAUCUACUAGUAGUGACUCACUCACCCUUUUCUUCCCCACUCUUCACUCUCACUCUGAGACCGUGAGCGAGAGAGCGUGACGGUUUCUGUUUCUGAACCCUCAUAAUGGCUUCUCCGUCGCCAUCGGACUCUUCUUCUCCACCGCCGGAGCCUAGUUUCUCUCACCUGCCUGUGAUGUCUCUCCGGAGCAAGAUUGUUGAGAAGGUUCAGGAAAAUCGCGUCACGCUCAUCGUCGGCGAAGCCGGUUGCGGGAAAAGUUCACAAAUUCCACAGUUUCUUCUCGAUGAAAACAUAUCACCCAUCCUGUGCACACUGCCUAGGAGAUUUGCUGUUGUUUCUGUUGCCAAAAUGGUUGCACAAGCUCGAAAAUGUCAAUUGGGAGAAGAAGUUGGAUAUCAUAUUGGACACGAAAAGAACUUUUCAGCUAGUUCAAAGAUUGUUUUUAAAACUGCUGGAGUGUUGUUGGACGAAUUGCAAGAAAAGGGUAUGGCUGCACUGAAGUACAAAGCUAUCAUUCUUGAUGAAGUACAUGAAAGAUCAGUGGAGUCUGAUCUUGUCCUUGUUUGUGUGAAGCAGUUUUUGUUAAAGAACGACAUAAGGGUGGUUUUGAUGUCUGCAACUGCUGAUAUUUCGAGAUACAGAGAUUACUUCAGGGAUCUUGGUAGAGGUGAAAGAGUUGAAGUGCUUGCAAUUCCUAGCUCAAACCAGAAAACUGUUUUUCAGCGAAGAGUUUCAUAUCUUGAGCAGGUAGUUGAAUCUCUUGGGAUAAGCUCUGAAUUAAUGCAUUCAAAAAAUUCGCAUGGUCUAAAUCCUUCCACAGCCAAUGCUCGAAUUAAGUCUGAACUGCACACACUUAUUCAUGCACUGGUGUUGCAUAUUCAUGUGAAUGAGCCAGAUAUUGAGAAAAGCAUUCUAGUUUUCCUUCCAACCUACAAUUCACUGGCACAGCAAUGGCGCCUUCUGAAGCCACUUGAAUCAACUUUUGAAGUUCAUAUCUUACAUCGUAGCAUUGAUACUGAACAAGCUCUCAUGGCUAUGAAGAUUUCGAAGACACAUCGAAAGGUAAUAUUGGCUACCAAUAUUGCUGAAUCAUCUGUGACAAUACCUAAAGUGGCUUAUGUCAUUGAUUCAUGCCGAUCAUUACAAGUCUAUUGGGAUAAGUCUCGAAAAAAGGAAGCUUCAAAGCUUGUUUGGGUUUCCAAGUCUCAGGCUGAACAACGUAGAGGAAGAACUGGUCGAACUUGUGAUGGCCAAGUUUAUAGGUUGGUUACAGGAUCGUUUUUCAACAGUCUUGAGGAUCAUGAGUGUCCAGCUAUUCUUAAAUUAUCAUUGAGGCUGCAAGUUCUUUCUUCAUGUUGUGCUGGAUCUAAGGCUAUCAAUGAUCCCAAAGUUCUGUUGCAAAAAGCUCUGGAUCCCCCGGAUCCUCAAGUUGUUGAAGACGCACUGAGUAUGCUUGUUCAGAUGCACGCACUAGAAAAGACAACUCCAAGGGGCCGUUAUGAACCUACAUUUUAUGGACGAUUACUUGCUAGUUUUUCUUUGUCUUUUGAUGCUUCUAUUCUAGUCCUGAAAUUUGGAGAGAUUGGUAUGCUACGUGAGGGCAUCCUGCUGGGUAUAAUUAUGGAUACACAGCCUUUACCCAUUAUUCAUCCAUUUGGCGAGGAUGAAUUGUUUUCGAGGUACAUUGAUUGCUAUUAUGAUGACAAAAUAAUUUUAACUGGUCCAAAGGAGAUGGAAUUCAUGGGUAACUUCUGUGCAUUUGAGUUUUGGCAGCAUAUUUUCAAGGAUAAGUACCGGCUUGAAAAUUUGAAGAAGAUUCUAAAAACUGAUAAUGUAUAUCCUGCCACACAAUCAAUGCGUCUUGAGGAAGAAGAUUGGUGUUCUUUCCAUAAUCUCUCCCAAUCAUCUUUGCAUCAUGUGUCAGAAAUUUAUAAUGAUAUACUGCAUUCAGUACACCGGUUCCGGCCAAAUUUUUUGAGCUCCUUUCAUGGCCUACCGCCCUAUUAUGAUCCUUAUGAAUUCAAGCACACAUGCCUGCUCAAAGGUCAGCCAAAUGGACAUAUAGAUGCAGUUGCUGCGGAUGAGGACUUCGAACCAUCAAGUGAAACAAAAAAAUGUGUUGCUGUACCAUAUGUUACUUCAAACCACUUCCACAGUUCUGAUGUGGCAAAAAUGUUGGCUACAGUUAUAAAAGAGUUAAGAGUCCAAUACCCAGAUGAUGCUUCUAGCCAUCAACCAGACGGUGUUGAUUUUGAUAAUUUUCACGUCAAUGAGGAGACUUGUGUAUAUUUUAUUCGAGGGUCCUGCAAUAGAGGCAAUUAUUGUCCAUUUUCUCACUCACUUCAAGCCAAGAGACCCCAGUGCAAAUUUUUCCUUUCAUUGCAGGGUUGCCGAAAUGGGGAGUCUUGUUUAUUUUCACAUGUUACGGGUCGAUCAGCACCAUCAACUAGUACAAAUGUAUGCCAGCCAGAAGAUAAUGACGUGAAUGCUGCAUCCCUUCUAAAGUGGUUUCCCAGAUCAACCAACAGAUCAAUUCUUAUAUUGGAUGACACUGAUUUGCAUUUCACUUCAUGUCUCGCUCGCUACUAUGAUCCAUCCAAAAUAACUUCAACUACAUGUUUGUCAGAAACAACCAUAACAGAAUCUUCACUACCCAGAGCCAGAAUUUUGUGGGGUCUAUAUCACCCAUACCAAACAAUCAUUGCCAAAGCUGGGCAGACCCUUAUUCCUUGGAAUGAAGUUCAAUGUGUACUGUGGUUUCCUUCCUUUGAUAGCUAUGGUGAUGAUUUGGAUGGAAAAAAGCAGCUCUUGCAGAACUUCUUCGAAUAUCUCGCCAUUCGAAUUCUGGCUGAUGAUUUGCAUGAGGUGCAAGUUAUCAUAACCAUGAAUAAUAUCAUAUUUUCCCAACUUCAGGUAGAAAAGUUGGGCAGGGAGAGUUUCUUUAUCCUCACAGAGUCCUUUGCUUUUGACGAAACAAGCUUUGGGGAAUUACAUGAUGUAGUUACCCCUAGGAGGCCAAUGAUGAUAUCAAGGGCCACCUCAUAUGUUUUUAGCCUGCUUCCUGCCAGUGACAAACAUUUCGGUGACUACGCUGCUACUAUCAAAAAGCAACUGCAUGAAAUUCAAACAAAUUAACUAUGGGGGGUGUAUAUGUUUGACCCUUCUGGAGGCUUAAUAACCCAGUUCUAGGGUUUUUUUAUGUUCGAGUUCUAGGUUGAUAUUGAACUGCUGAAAUUAUGUAGUCUGUACAUGCAUAGUGCUUUCUUGAGAUAAGCUUUUUGAAAUUCUGCCGUAUAACUUAUGGUGGGUAUGGAAUAGUUUACUUUGAAGUUAUGUUUUAUAGUACCAGGUGCUUGGUUGAAUUUAUGAAAAUAAUUUAUGGCAUAGGUGGAAAGACCUAGAGGUUACCAUUA